AUGGGACUUGCCUUUGUGCUGGGGUUCCUAUAUGUGCUUUAUGAAGGGACUCGACCCUACCUCCUCUGUGCAGAUCCAGACAUCAUCAGAGAGAUUUGCAUCAGAAAAUUUGACCACUUUGCUGAUAGAAUGGAGCCAGUCAUCACUGCUCACUACUGGAGGAAGAUGCUGGCUCUUCUUCCAGGUGAGGAAUGGAAAGAGGUCCGUCGUCUCCUCUCUCCUGCCUUCUCCUCUGGCAAGAUAAAGAAGAUGAGUACUUUAAUGGGUGAAUGUGCAGUUACUCUGGUGGAGAAUUUCUCCAAGAGCAUCCAGCAACAAAAAGCUGUUGUGGAUCUGAGACAGUUGGUUCCAUUUGCUUCCUCUUUCAUUCAGUGGAGUUAUGGCGCCUACACAAUGGAUGUGAUAGCCACCUGUGCAUUUGGUAUCAAGAUUGACUCACUUAACACACCAAAUGAUCCUUUUGUUCGGAAUGCCAAAGAAGCUUUCUCUGGUUCUCAAAGCCGCUCUCCGUUGUUCCUUUUCCUUUUCAUAUCCACCUGGAUUCCAAAACUCAUGAGUGGCCUUUUCUUCACAAAGGAAUUCAGAUUCUUUUUGGAUGUGGGCAAGAGUAUUGUUGAGAAGAGGAAGUCAGAAACAAAUAGAGAGCGAGGAGAUAUGAUUGACUUGCUGUUGGAUGUUCAAGAAGAGGAGCAGAUGGAAUGCAAAACUGACUCUACCAAGACUCCUGUCAUGACUGAUGAAGUUCUGAUUGCUCAGAUGGUUUUAUUUUUCCUGACUGGUUAUGACACGACUGCCACAACCCUUACCAUGGUCACACAUUAUUUGGCUCAAAAUCCAGAGACACAGGACAAAGCAGUGGCUGAGAUCAAGGAGAAGAUGGCUGUACAUGGAGGCAUAAAUCAUGAAAUGGUGAAUGAUUGCCCUUAUUUAGACCAGCUGAUCCAAGAGACCCUUCGUCUCUUCCCACCUAUCCUCAGGACUGAGCGAACCUGCACAAAGCCCUGUGAGAUUGAUGGCAUCAGAUUUGAGAAGGGAGUGCGUGUUGGGUUCCCUGUUUAUGCCAUUCAUCACGAUCCUGAGUUCUUUGAGGACCCGGAAGUGUUUCGUCCAGAACGUUUUGCCCUGUCUGAGAAGGAGUUGCGGCACCCAAUAACUCACCUUCCGUUUGGUCAGGGUCCACGUAACUGCCUCAUGAUGCGAUUUGCUCAGGUGGAAAUAAAGUUGGCACUCUCCUCAGUCCUCAGUCGAUUCAAGGUUUCCCCUUCUUCCCAAACUCAGAUGUACCACAUUGAGGAUGCAGGGGACAUAAGGAUUCAUGGGCGGGUGAUUGGGCUUUAUGAAGGGACUCGACCCUACCUUCUGUGUGCUGACCCAGACAUCCUCAGAGAUGUGUGCAUCAAGAAUUUUGAUCACUUUGUUGAUAGGCAGGAUGCUGUUGUUACUUCUCAAUAUUGGAGGAAAAUGCUAAUUUUUCUUGUUGGAGGGGAAUGGAAGGAGGUCCGUCGUCGUCUCUCUCCUGUCUUCUCUUCUGGCAAGAUAAAAAAGAUGAGUGCAUUGAUAGGUGAAUGUGCUGAUACUCUGGCUGGGAAUUUCUUGAAGAGCAUCCAGCACAAAGCAGGUGUUGUGGAUUUGAAACAGCAUUAUGGAGCCUUUACAAUGGAUGUGAUAGCCACAUGUGCUUUUGGGACCAAGAUUGAUUCCCUUGGCUCACCAGAUGAUCCCUUUGUUGAAAGUGCGAAAAAAGCCUUCUCCAGUCGUCUGAGCCGCUCUCCAUUGAUCCUUUUCCUCUGUGUGUCCCCUGAUACUACUCUUCUAGAGGUGGGCAAGAGCAUCAUCAAGAAAAGGAAAGCAGAGAAAAAAAAAGAGAGAGGAGAUAUGAUUGACUUGAUGUUGGACCUUGAAGAAGAGGAGCUGAAGGAAUGUGAAGCUGACCCUACCAAGAUUCCUAUCAUCACUGAGGAAGUGAUGAGUGCACAGACAGUUUUAUUUUUCCUGGCCGGCUAUGACACAACGUCCACAACCCUCACCAUGGCCACAUACAAUCUGGCUCUGAAUCCAGAUGCACAGGAGAAGGCAGUGGCUGAGAUCAAGGAAAAGACAGCUCAGCAUGGAGGAAUAAAUCAUGAGAUGGUGAAUGAUUGUCCCUAUUUGGACCAAGUAAUCCAAGAAACGCUUCGUCUCUACCCACCAGCCCUUAGGAUUGAACGAACCUGCACAAAGGAUUGUGAGAUCCAUGGGGUGAAGUUUGAGAAGGGAGUACGAAUUGGAUUCCCCAUUUAUGCCAUGCAUCAUGACCCUGAGUUCUUUGAGGACCCAGAGGAGUUUCAUCCAGAACGCUUUGCCCUGUCUGAAAAGGGGUUGCGGCACCCAAUGACUUACCUUCCAUUUGGCCAUGGCCCUCGGCACUGCAUUGGGAUGCGAUUUGCACAGACAGAGAUCAAGUUGGCUCUUUGUCAUGUCCUCAGUCAAUUCAAGCUCUCAUCCUCAUCCCAAACUCAGCUAAAUUUGCAGGUUCCAGUGAAACUCACAACCUCUCCCAGUCUUCUCCUCCGACCUUUGGAUGUGAUUGUGAAAGUAGAAUCCAGGAUGUGA